AUGGGUGAUUUUGUCUUCCUGAAGUUGUCGCCCUGGAAGGGUGUGGUUCAUUUUGGUAAGCGAGGAAAGUUGAGUCCUCGAUAUGUUGGUCUUUACCGAAUCACUAAGAAAAUUGGUGCGAUUGCUCAUAGAUUGGAGCUACCACCAGAGCUGUCACAGAUUCACGAUGUAUUUCAUGUUUCCAUGCUUCAGAAGUAUGUACCGAAUUUCUCUCACGUCAUUCAGCCGGAACCGUUAGAGGUGAGUCAGGAUGCAAGUUAUGUUGAGAAACUUGUGGCGAUCAUUGAUCGACAUGAUAAAACUCUAAGGAACAAAGUCAUUCUAUUAGUGAAUGUGUUAUGGAGGAACCAUGCCAUCAAGGAAGCGACGUGGGAAACGAAGGAACUGAUGAGGAGUCAAUAUCCGUACUUAUUUAUUUGA